AUGGGUAGAUGGUAUACACCGUUCGCAUAUACCAGUGGCUUUGUCCUCAACAAGGACGAGGUGUUUGACCUUGCCAAGCACGUAGCCUUCGACUUUGCUCCAUCCCCCACUGCUCAUGAGCUCGAAGUAGUAGUCUUUAUUCACAAUGCCUCGCGCAACAUCAGGUUACAUAUGGGAAGGGAACGGGCAUCUUACGCCUUACAGCCUCCAGGAGGUUUCCCUCGUGAGAGCGAGGAGAUCGAGGAGGAUGAGGAAGGAGAGGUAUACGAAGAAGAUAAGAGUGAGGACUUGGAGGAUGGCGCUGAAAAAUUGGGCCAGAAAAUAGGGGGGCUCAAGUAA